AUGGCGGCGUUGCCGCAGCCAUCUCGCGGGCGUCUUGCUGCGCAGCCAACAGGACAUCGUGAGGACAAGGGUAGCGGCGGAGACGGGAAAGCAAAUCUGGGGACGAAGACCGGGGGGCUUGGCGCGUGCCCACCCCCGCAGAACAACAACAUCUGUGGAGCGCCACUAAGCCUGUGCACGAAUCAGCACCCUCUCCACGCCCAAUGCGCUUCGUGGGCUCUCUCCAUCACAUCGCCCAGUCGCCCUGCCUGGCUGAACGCUCUUGGUCGUGGUGACAAAGAAGUCGCUGCGGAUCGUCACACGUCGUCCUCACUCGCGGCCGGCGCUCGUUCGUGCCACAGAACCGGGCAGCAUCACCGUCGCGCUGGCAUUCGCGGGGUACGGAGCACCAAGGCUGGGCAUGCUCUGCCGUCUCCACGCUCCGUUUGGAGCCUGUCCCGAGUGGGACACACUGCCGACCCUAACUCGCACGGCUAGUCCAGGCUGUGGAAGGGAGCAUGGCCCGAGUGCUUCGGCAUCGGGUGAUGCACCCAUCUGCAUCCAUCUGCCAAGCACCAGACGAUAGCCUGACGACAAGAUGAAUCGAUCUGAUGGCCCUGAAGACUCAACAAAAGGGUCUCGCCGAUAACCGCGCGGCCACGCAUUCACUGCAGACCAUUCAUCCAGCCGAGGCCCAAUCCAUAGACCGCGUCCCUUGCUUUAGCUCGACCGUCUUUUUGGAAUCCAGCGCGUUCGCCUAGACGCCCCGACACUAACUCCGACUGCACCAAUAGCGAGUAUAGUUGUGUGCAGCACUCGAUAUAUACGGCAUUUUCGACGACUGGUUGGGGCUAUGUGAUAUGCUAAAGCAUGCCCGGAGCUUCCGAUCUACAAUCCUGCGCGCUCCUGCGUCUUCCUCCGCGGGGACCCUCCACUCUU